UUGCAACCUCAGCAUCCUCUGCAAGACCCUGUGACUUAACCUCUGCUGACAUCAGCUGUGACCAGGGUAGGGGUUCAGUCCUUGGGGUCUCCCUCCCGCCCCUGUUUGUGGGGACAGACAUGGAAGAUGGACCUUCUUCUGCAGGCUGCUUUAGAAGGUUUACAGACUGCUUCUUAAGCCCAAAUCUGACAGAUGAAAAAGUAAAAGCCUAUCUUUCUCUUCACCCCCAAGUACUUGAUGAUUUUGUGUCAGAAAGUGUUAGCUUUGAAACAGUAGAAAAAUGGAUGAAGAAGAAAAACCAAUAUGAAGAUUUGACUCCAUCAGAUAUCAGCAGGCAGUACCAGGAUACGAAUAUGCAAGGAGUGGUGUAUGAACUUAAUAGUUAUAUGGAACAGCGACUAGAUGCUGGCGGCGACAAUAAAUUACUUCUUUAUGAAUUAAGUGACAUCAUAAAAACAGCUACAAAGGCAGAUGGAUUUGCACUAUAUUUCCUGGGAGAAUGCAAUAAUAGUCUAUGUUUGUUCACGCCAACUGGAAUGAAGGAAGGACAUUCGCAGCUUUCUCCUGCUGGGCCUGUUGAAUACGGCACCACAACAUCUGCACAUGUAGCCAAAACCAGAAACACUUUAUUAGUAGAAGAUAUUCUGGGGGAUGAGCGGUUUCCCAAAGGUACUGGACUGGACUCAGGGACUCGCAUCCAGUCUGUUCUUUGUUUGCCGAUUGUCACUGCAAUUGGUGAUCUAAUUGGAAUCUUGGAACUUCACCGGCACUGGGGUAAAGAAGCAUUCUGUCUUAGUCACCAACAAGUGGCAACAGCAAAUCUUGCCUGGGCAUCAGUAGCAAUACAUCAAGUGCAAGUAUGUAGAGGCUUGGCGAAACAGACUGAGUUAAAUGACUUCCUACUUGAUGUUUCAAAAACAUACUUUGAUAAUAUAGUUGCAAUAGAUUCUCUACUUGAACACAUAAUGAUAUAUGCAAAAAACCUGGUAAAUGCAGAUCGGUGCGCCCUGUUCCAGGUUGAUCAUAAGAACAAAGAAUUGUAUUCCGAUCUCUUUGACAUUGGUGAAGAGGAUGGUGGAAAGCCAGUUUUCCAGAAGACCAAAGAAAUCAGAUUCUCGAUUGAAAAGGGAAUAGCUGGACAAGUUGCCAGAACAGGGGAAGUUCUUAACAUUCCUGAUGCCUAUGCAGAUCCACGCUUUAAUAGGGAUGUUGAUGUUUAUACAGGUUAUACAACAAGAAACAUUCUGUGCAUGCCUAUCGUGAGCAGAGGUAGCGUCAUAGGUGUUGUACAGAUGGUGAACAAACUUAGUGGAAGUGCCUUCUCUAAAACAGAUGAGAACAACUUCAAAAUGUUUGCUGUUUUCUGUGCUUUAGCCUUACACUGUGCAAACAUGUACCACCGAAUACGCCAUUCAGAGUGUAUUUACCGAGUAACUUUGGAAAAAUUGUCAUAUCAUAGUAUUUGCACUUCAGAUGAGUGGCAGAACCUCAUGAACUGCACCCUCCAGGAAUCUUUGUGUAAAGAAAUAGCACUAUAUCACUUUGAUAUUACACCAUUUGAAGACCUUUGGCCAGCAAUUUAUGUAUAUAUGAUCCAUCAAUCUUGUGGUAAGAACUGUUUUGAAUUAGAAAAGUUGUGCAGGUUCACCAUGUCGGUGAAAAAGAACUAUCGGCGAGUACCAUACCACAACUGGAAGCACGCAGUAACCGUAUCUCACUGCAUGUAUGUCAUCCUUCAACAUAACCAUGAUCUAUUCACAGACUUGGAGAGGAAAGGGCUUUUAAUUGCAUGUUUGUGCCAUGAUUUGGACCACAGGGGAUAUAGCAACAGCUAUCUACAAAAAUUUGAUCACCCUUUAGCAGCUUUGUAUUCCACUUCUACAAUGGAACAACACCACUUCUCCCAGACUGUGUCUAUCUUGCAGCUGGAAGGGCACAAUAUCUUUUCCAACCUAAGUUCCAAUGAAUAUGAACAAGUUCUGGAAAUCAUACGCAAAGCCAUCUUGGCCACAGACCUUGCAUUGUAUUUUGGAAAUAGAAAGCAUUUGGAGGAACUUCACCAAAAAGGAGCACUAAACUUUAAUAACCAAGCACACAGAGAUCGUGUAAUUGCCUUGAUGAUGACAGCUUGUGAUCUUUGCUCAGUGACUAAGUUAUGGCCAGUUACUAGGAUGAUAGCUGAUGAUAUUUACGCAGAAUUUUGGUCAGAGGGUGAUGAAAUGAAAAGGAUAGGAAUUUCACCAAUACCAAUGAUGGACAGAGAUAAAAAAGAUGAGAUUCCUCAGGGCCAGAUGGGAUUCUACAAUGCUGUAUCUAUUCCUUGUUACACAACUCUUGCACAAAUAUUUCCUUCCACAAAACCCCUCCUUCAGGCAUGCAGGGAUAAUCUCAACCAGUGGGAGAAAGUAGCUAAAGGAGAAGACACCGCUAUGUGGAUCCCAUCACAUUCAUUGACAACAGAGUCAUCGGAUUCUCUUCCAGUUAAGAUUGAUGACUGAUGAGCAGCAAUCAUCUACUCUAAAGGGGACAUUUUUGAAUGAGACAGUAACGGAAGAAAAGCCAAAAUUCAGUGGAUAGUAAUGCCUAGAGUGUUUGUUGGCAAAUGUCUACUAUCCAUGACCUUACAAAAGACAAGAAAAUGUAACUACAACAAAUGAAUACAUUGACUAAUUUAGUUUGUUUUUUUAAUUCAGGAAGUGACCUUUUCUGUAAGCUGCGUUUAUGAAUCUUGUUAUAAAUGUGACCUGCAU